AUGGAUCUACAAGACUCAGUGGUGGCUGCGUCUAAAAUCCUCCCCAGCCGCCAUCAAAGUACCGAGACCUCGACUACCGUACUGCUGGCUGUAUUAGUCUUGUUCGACGGCAGCACGUCCAUUGUUAUUGUCCAUCAUCUCCCAUUUUGGGACAGGCCUCUCACGCUCCAGAGACAGCGCGCCGUUGCUAGGCAAGCGCGCAGCAUUCCGUUCCAAGUUCUUCCUCAUACGCAAAUCGCACCCGCGGUACUUGUGCCCGACAGCCUGCACGAACCCCCGGCCAGCGCUUGGCGUGCCUGGCGCCAGCGGCCCACCGCAGGUCUUGCCCAGCAGGCUCUAGGAACGCAGCGCACCGGAGAACGGAACUCGAGGCACUAA